UACAGACCGACAGGCUACGCGACCCCCUCCCCCCCUUCCAUCAUUUUCCCAUCUCUUACUCACUCUCUUCCCUACAACAAACAUGGCCGCGAAAUCUGAUGGUGCACCCGUCUCUCUACGAAACGAAAUCCCACCCGAGUGUCCCUCCAGGUCGGACCCGCGGCCUCCCCAGCACCGUCCCGCCGAGCAGCGCUACUCCCUCCCGGACUGCUGCUGGACGCUGUGCGCCCUUUUGGUGUUCUUCUCGGACGGGGCCUCAGACCUGUGGCUGGCCGCGGACUACUAUCUAAGGAGUGAAUAUUGGUGCUUUGCACUGACUCUUGUCUUUGUGAUAGUCCCGUCCGUGGUCGUGCAAGUGCUGAGCUUCCGAUGGUUCGCCUACGAUUUCUCGGAGACCGUCGAGAGCGGCACGGCUGCGGCCGCCGUGGUGGCGGCGUCGGGAGCGGAGGAGAGCGACUUCAGCACCAAGGACAGCGGCGAGCGGGGCGCUGGCCGCUCUGCCGCGGCCGGGGUGCUGCCAGGGCCGGGCACCGGGGGUGGAGCCCGGGGCUGCUGCAGAGCCUUCAUGUGGCUCUUCCAGGCCAUCAUUCACAUCUUUCAGCUGGCACAGGUCUGGAGGUAUGUCCACGCCCUGUAUUUGGGCGUGCAGAGCCGCUGGCACAGGGACCCCGAGAGGCGUCACUACUACUGGCGCAUGAUGUUUGAGAGCGCUGAUAUCAGCAUGCUGCGCCUGCUCGAGUCCUUCCUGAAGAGCGCCCCUCAGCUCGUGCUGCAGCUCAGCAUCAUGAUCCAGGCCAUUGAGGUGCUGCCCCUUCAGGGGCUUUCAGCUUCUGCCUCACUGAUAUCCCUCGCCUGGAUGGUCGCCUCCUAUCAGAAAGUCCUGAGGGACUCCCGAGAUGAUAAGCUACCCAUGACGUACAAGGCCGUCAUAGUUCAAAUUCUCUGGCACCUGUUCACCAUCGGUGCACGCACUCUGGCCUUCGCCCUGUUUGCCUCAGUGUUCCAGCUUUACUUUGGCAUCUUCAUCGUAGCCCACUGGUGCAUCAUGACAUUUUGGAUAAUUCAAGGCGAGACGGACUUCUGCAUGUCCAAAUGGGAGGAGAUCAUCUACAACAUGAUGGUGGGCAUUGUGUAUGUUUUCUGCUGGUUCAGUGUGCGAGAGGGGCACACCCGCUGCAGGAUGCUCAUCUACAGCCUGACUGUGUUCAUUGAGAAUGUGGCACUCACCACUGCCUGGUACCUGUACCGUGGCCCUCGUACCUCAGACUUCUAUGCCGUCAUCAUGGUGUGCGUGGUGGCCAGCAGCUACGCUCUGGGCACCUUCUUCAUGUUUGUGUAUUACUGUCUGCUGCACCCUGAUGGCCCUGUCUCAGGGUGGGGUUAUAUAGCGGAGAAGGAGGUGCCUGUGGAGUCGCUGGCCUCCCCAGCUACCAGCCUCCCCCCUGACCUGGUGAGCAGUCCCCCCAGAACCCUUCAGAGAACUAAAGGGUCAGAAAGAGAGCAGGGGUCUGGGGUAGAUGGAGACGUGUUUCAGGUACGACCACCUCGGGGAGCUCAGGCCCCAGUGCCCAACCUCACACCCAGGACAGAGGGGCCUGUCAUCCGAAUAGACCUGCCCAGGAAGAAGUACCCCGCCUGGGACGCUCACUUCAUCGACCGCCGGCUGCGUAAAACCAUCCUGGUGCUCGAAAGCGCCGCACCGGUCACGCCAAGGAUUCAAUACCGCUGUCUGGGCACACCCAAAGAAGUGAUGGAGUACGAGACGACCGUGUGAUGUGCUGAAGAUGCUGUGACUCAGCUCGCUGCCGUGUGGACACCCUGCCUGAAAUAAAACGGCAGGUGGAUGACUCUCUCUGAGCAGUCUGUUUCAGCUCCACGCCCACUUGAUUGCUCUCUGUACUGUCAGGCAGUGGAGACAACCAGGCGCAACCAGGGACGGAGUGUGGUGUCUCUAUUUUUUACAAAGGCAAAGUGCUGUGAUGUUGUCUAAUGGUGGUGCAUAUUUCGGUUUCUGUAUCAUUUCUCAGGUCAGGGCGUGGUACAGGAAAAGGUCGACGUUAGCAGCAAAGCUCUGGUGAAGUUAGAGAGAAGCACAGGUAGGCAGAGAAAUGGAGGUGAUUAUCAAUCAGAGGCAGAGAGUCCUCCUCAGUGAAGGUGCUUCAGCACAUCCUCUCAAGGCGGUCGACAACAGAGACGAGCCUUCAACAUGCAUGAUUAUUUAUGGCAGCUACAACUAAAACACCACUGAACAGGAUGUAGAGAGGCAUUUAAAGACAGUGAACUCACACUGUAAUUUUAAACACAAUCUACAAUAAAAUACAACACAGGCACUGAUGGUCAUCAUCAUAAUUUUCCAUAGCUACUCACUCAUGUUGAAGGAGUCUCUGAGACGCUGCUUCGUAUCUGAAGGGCAGUUCAAAAGCAACAUUUGAGUUGAAUGUAAAAAAACUGUUGAAAAUGUGAUUAUUUGUGAAAAGGCUUUGAGCAUUUUCAUGCUGUUAGUGGGAUUUACAACAUUCCUGUGGUACAAUAUUUGUUUUUUGAGGUAAGCUAGAACAAAAAAAAAGAGAUUUGUGUGUGUUUACAAGCAAUCUGUUGUUUCUGGGACACGCCAUCACUAUUAUUCUAAUAAGAUGAACCUUCAUUCAGAAUGUGUACGUACUGAACAAUAGCUACAUUAUGAUUUACAUUUACAGGAUGUAUUCUACUGAUAGGACUCUCAACAGUUGUAUUUUCAUACUGCAUCCAUCUCACACAGCAAAGGAAAACAGGACAUUAAUUUCCAUGUAAAUUAAAGUGUAUAAUGAAGAGGACGUUACAGAGGGACAGCACUGUCUGUAAUUGUACUGUAUCCAUACUUUGUUGUCUGAAUAAUGUAGGGGAAAAAUAGCUGCAGACUCCAGACUCAGAAUAGCUUUGAUAUUAUUGAUGGUACAGGCAUGUGGUACUUGUGGUAACACUUCAUUUUACAGGUCUGUCAUUUCCUGAGUUUCCUAAAAACUAUCCAAGAAAGAAUUUUUCAAUUUGGUUGAUUUUUAGGAAAAAUAGAGACAAAGUUUCAGGUAUUGAUCUCCAGAGGAAUUUAGUUGAAAAGACCUAUUUAAACCACCAGAUAAUGUAUUCAUCUUCAACUCAUUAUUGGAAACUUAAAUUUGUUUUGUUUGUUUCAUGCGACUCUAAACCAUGAUCAUAUGAUAUGAAGCACAAACAUAGCACACAAAAAUAAUAACAAGCCAACGGCAACACAGCAUUCAGUAACUUUUGGCUUAUGUGAUUUAAUAACAAAAUGAAUUUGAACAUGGAUAUGCAAUUGAAAUAACAGUUGUCAUUACAGAGGUUACAGAUCCUCUGGUUUCCAUACAGCCCUUUAUAUCUUCCAGAGACUUCUGGUGUUGUACACUAUAAAAUUACAAAUAGCCUGCCUUUCCUUUUGUUUUCAUGCAACAGAUACUUUUCCAGUUUAAGCCCUUGUUUAAAUUCAACAUGAAUAUGACAUGAAGUCAUACUUCUGAGCUCACUUUAUCACUUUUUCAUGAACUGAUCUUUCAGCCUCUGAUAGACAGUUUCAACCAGUUCACAUUGUCACUGUUUUUGUGUGAACCAGAGGUGAGACAAACUGCAAGCAGAGCAAACAGGUGUACAUUAUUUCACUGAGUUUAGUCUUUCUUGCCUCCCCCAGUAGCCAAUGAUUCUCUUUUUAACUUUGAAACAGUCCAUAAGAUCCAUACUAAAAAUGUACGUACGGACAAAAGCUGAUAAUGGUGCACACCAAAAAAUAUUCAACAAUAUCCACAAUCAGGCUUCCACCUCACCAUCUAAGUCACCAAUUUCCUGUCUUCAAAAUGUUCUGAAGCAAAGUUUCUCCCACCAAGUCUGUUUUUAUAGAUCACUACUUUUGCGUGGAAAGUGGCGUACACCCUUUUCAAGCCUUGUUUUGUGCGUAUGUUAUGUUUAUAAAUGAGACCCCUGGUAUCUUUCCAGCUCCCCAUAGACCUUAUUAUUGCAGGUUAAAAAUUUUACUUGUAGGGUAUACUUAAGAAAUUUGAGGUGUAGUUUUUCCAGUAUGUCUAUUUUUUUUUUAAAGUCACUUGACAUGAAUGAAACAACCAACUUGUCAAAAAGAUCCAGUGUGAUAUUUGCAGGCAAAUCAAAUUUUCUACAUUUACAGAGAGUGGCAAACAUUGCAAGACGAGCCUGCAGAUGCAGCUUCUUAAUGGCCCUCUUAAUUCAUCAUGACCCCAAGAUAUUUAAAGCAAUGGACAAUCUCCACAUUUUCUCUAUGCGCACAAACUUAAGUUUAAACUUAAAUAUCAGCUUUUCCACCCAAAACUUUUUUUUUUAAGAUCUAUUAAUCUUUAAAUUUCAUUUGUAAAUUGCACAUAUGGGCCAUUGCUUUCUGUAACACUUCUUUUGUUGUAGACAUAACAAUUAUAUCAUCCGCAUACAUCAGUACCAUAAGCUGGAUAUGACUAACUUUAAAACAUUAGAAAAGUAAACAGUUAAAACAACCAAAGAGCUGAUAGAGCAAUGGCCAAGUGUCAGGGAGAAUAAAACACUUAGUUUGUCAAAAAAAAAAGACUGUUAAAUAUCUAGGCUUGUUAAUUAAAAAGAAAUACACAAAUCCAACAGAAUUGCAUUAAAAGUUCCUAAAAGAAUCCUUAAAAUUCAUCAAAAUUGCUUACGUUUUACACAGACUUCCUCCAUUUGAGUCUUCACUGUCAGACACAAUAAAAAAACAUAAAGAUAUACAGUUACAUGUAGAAAUAUUAGAACACCUACACACAGUGACAAGAACCAACCGAUUCAUUCAUCCUUGUACUCAUGAGAGCUUUAAAAUCAGACAGAGAGACCAGUUCACGUAGUUUCACUUCUUUAAGUUAGGUUGGAAACCACUGAUCUAGGUCACUGAAAACAAUGCAGACAACAGUGGCGAUUAAAUUUCACCCUGUCUUACUCCUGCAGGGCUGGCAAAAAACUCAGAUUUAGUACCAUUAACAAAUGUACAUGAGCUAUUCUUUGUGUACGAUGAGUUACGUACCAACCAAAUCAGAUGUUUCAGAAUACCUACUGAAAGAGUCGAGGUUACAUUUGCUUAGCAUUAAAUUGGAAUCGAUUAUCUGGUUUUAAUUUAAUUUAAUUUAAUUUAAUUUAAUUUAAUGACAUCAUUAGGAACUGACUGACCUGUAAAAUGGAGCGUUACUGUACUUUCUUUUAUCAGGGUUGUUUUUCUAUAGAGUAGUCACAAGAGGGAAAUUUCUGAACCGUGUGUGUGUGUGUUUGUGUGUGUUUGCGUGUAUGUGUGUGUAAGCUCACAUACCAGCAUGUUUUUAU